CAUUUUGUUGACGUUUACUUUUUUUAGCAAAAACAUUGCGCACCAGGUUGAAAAACCUAAAGUCGCUGCUUUUCGUGUCAGAAAUGGAUCUAAUCAUUCUCGCGGGAAUUGCCACGGCUCUGUUGGUCGUUAUUAUCACGCUUUACCUGCUGCAGAAGAAGAAUGCCAGCCCAGAAACCAAGCCAGUUGCAGCCCCACAACGUGGCGUCCCCCAACGCGCCCAGGAGGGAGUGCCGCGUCGGGCCCAAAUAGCCAGGAAUCAGCGCAACCGACUGCGUCAGAAUGCUCCCGCGGCGGGAGCUGCUCCUGCUGCAGUUGCUCCGGUGGCCCCCGGCGACUCGGACAACGAAGAUGCCGAUGCCCAGGUGGAUGCCGAUGGCGCCCGCGUGCCCCAGGGCGCAGUGCUGGACGAGAAGAUGGGCGCCAAGAAGCGGGCCAAGAUGGAGGCCAAGGAGCAGAAGCGUGUGCAGCGCGAACAGGAGCUGCACGAUCGCGAGCAGCGCAAAGUGAAGGAGGCCAAGGAGGAGGCCGAACGGAAGCAGCAGGAGGAUCUCGAUGCCGAGGUGGAGCGGAAACGGCUGGAGGCCGAGCGCCUGGCCAAGGAGGAGCGGGAGCGGAAGGAGCACGAGGAGUACCUCAAGAUGAAGGCCGCCUUUAGCGUCGAGGAGGAGGGCUUCGAGGAGGGCGACGCCGACGAUCAGGACAGCCUCCUGGCCGACUUUAUCCAGUACAUCAGGGACAACAAGGUGGUCGUGCUGGAAGACCUGGCUGUGGCCUUCAAACUGAAGACUCAGCAGGCCAUCGAUCGCAUCCAGGAUCUGCAGGCCAAUGGCACUCUCACCGGCGUCAUCGACGAUCGCGGCAAGUUCAUCUACGUUUCGGAGGAGGAGCUCGCGGCCGUGGCCAAGUUUAUCAAGCAGCGCGGACGCGUUUCCAUCGCCGAGCUGGCCGAGAGCAGUAACAACCUGAUUAACCUGACGCCCGUCUCCGCCGGCGGCGAAGCCAACUCCUGAUGAGAUUUGUUAGCCAUUUAUAAAUUAAAUUUAUAUUUAGAAGCGAUCUGUUGGUAGAAUUACAAGAACAAAGUGACAACUUGCA